UCCAAGAAGACAUAUCGAUCUCCACGUAUGGCGAUAAAUGGUGUUAUCUUCACGGAGAUUAAAUAUUUUACUCGGCUAAAUUUAAAUUUUUUCCGUAUUACUUUCUGCCUAAGAGCAUGUAAUAAAGUUGCAGACGCUCUAGCGAAGUAUGGUGCAGGGCAGGGCUAUCAUUCCCAGCUUUAAUGGUGCCCCUGAUUUUGUGCAAAACUUGGUAGAGCGAUGCUGCUGAGCUCUUUGGUUAAUGGAAUAUAAAUAUGAUUCCUUGCCGCAAAAAAAAAGGAAUAAAUAUGAUUCCAGUUAAAAAAAGAAAGAAAAAGAAGACAUAUCGAUCUCGAUCGCGUGGAAGAAAAUACUCCACGUAAGCCUGUCCUCUAUAUAUACCAAUGUAUGCUCCAUCUCAACUUGGAAGAUAUUGCCAGAUCACAGCGAUCUCGCGGUGUUUCACUCUCCUCGCUGCUUAUUUCCAUCACAUACAUAUAACCGACUUUCCGUGUGCUCUGCUCUCAUAUACGCCAUGGACUACAGCAACGAGGCCACGAUUACCGCCGCGGCGCAACCUUACGGCCGCUCCAUGUCGCCGCCGUCGCGCGUGUCGUCGUGCUCGCCGCCCCCUGUAUUCCCGCUGAUGGGCAACGCGCCGUCGUCGCCGCCGACCAUCGUCCUCAGCCCGUGCGCGGCCUGCAAGGUCCUCCGCCGCCGCUGCGCCGACGGCUGCAUGCUGGCGCCCUACUUCCCGCCGACCGAGCCCGCCAAGUUCACCACCGCCCACCGCGUCUUCGGUGCCAGCAACAUCAUCAAGCUCCUCCAGGAUUUGCCGGAGAGCUCGCGGGCAGACGCGGUGAGCAGCAUGGUGUACGAGGCGGAGGCGCGGCUGCGGGACCCGGUGUACGGGUGCGCCGGGGCUGUGUGCCGGCUGCAGAAGGAGGCCAACGAGCUCAAGGUGGACCUGGCGCGGGCGCAGGCCGACCUCCUCAGCAUCCAGACACAACACGCCAACCUCCUCGCCCUCGUCUGCGUCGAGUUUGCUGCCAACCACCGAGGCGAUCAGCAGCUGCACCAGCCACCGCCACUGGGCGACCAGCUGAACGGCAUCGGUGGUAGCGGCGGCGGCGCCAUGUACCAACCGCUAUACGACUCGGACUUCGACUCCGGGGCGUGGGAAGAGGCCCGGCAGCUCUGGACCUGAGCAUGCCGGCUACGGCGCUUAAUCACUAGAAGUACACGUUGUACUAUACAUAUUAGUACGUAAAUACAAAAUACUAGUGUUGUACACUAGAUGUUCAACGGCAAUGACUUCGUCUUCGGUGAGCUAUCUUGGAUCUAAAUAUCAGUGAUGAAGCCGUGUCGAGUUCGCGUAAGAAGGUGAUCCGUCAUUUUUUCUUUUGGUGUCUACUACGAUGAUGCCGGAGGCAACGUAAAGGGCGAUGGUGUCAAACUACAGGAUUAUUCGGUCUUGAUUGUAAUUUUUUUGGCUGAUGCUUCUCUUCGUGUAAAGAAGGCGAGGGUGCUGCUGUUUUUCUUGUCUUGUCAAGUCAGUAUGUACGUGAUUUGUAUUACGAUUCUUAUGAUAGAUACUCCUGCUCGUCCAAUUGAAUCGAUAUGAUAGUGCCGUUCAGUA